AUGUGUCCAACAGCAGACGAGGUCGAGACCAACGGUGUGAGUGGUGCCUCAAACAGUACCAAUGGUCAUAGCAAUGGAGUAAAUGGUAACGGAACACAUCCAGGUUUCACCGGUAUCAACACUCGACCCGAACCUCAGAACAAAAAUCCCUAUGCUCCAGUAGGAGACUUCCUCAGCAAUGUUAACAGAUUUAAGAUAAUUGAAAGCACGUUAAGAGAAGGCGAGCAAUUUGCAAACGCCUACUUCGAUACCGCUAAGAAGAUUGAAAUCGCCAAGGCACUGGACGAGUUUGGUGCCGACUACAUCGAACUCACGAGCCCUGCCGCUUCAGAGCAAUCCCGCAAGGACUGCGAGGCUAUCUGCAAGCUUGGUUUGAAGUCUAAGAUUCUGACUCACAUCAGAUGUCACAUGGAUGAUGCGAGAAUUGCUGUCGAGACAGGUGUCGACGGUGUUGAUGUUGUCAUUGGCACAUCCUCGUUCCUAAGAGAGCACUCCCACGGCAAGGAUAUGACCUACAUUAAGAACACCGCCAUCGAGGUUAUCAACUUUGUCAAGUCACAUAAUAUCGAGAUCCGAUUUUCCAGCGAAGACUCUUUCAGAUCCGACCUCGUUGACCUCCUAUCUCUUUACCAGGCCGUCGACAAGGUUGGUGUCAAUCGAGUCGGCAUUGCAGACACUGUCGGAUGUGCGACGCCCAGACAAGUCUAUGACCUGGUCCGAACUCUCCGUGGAGUAGUCAGCUGCGACAUUGAGACUCAUUUCCACAACGACACUGGCUGCGCCAUUGCCAACGCAUACUGCGCCUUGGAGGCUGGUGCCACUCACAUCGAUACUUCUGUCCUUGGUAUUGGUGAGCGAAACGGCAUUACCACCCUCGGUGGACUUAUGGCUCGAAUGAUUACUGUGGACCGUGACUACGUCAAGAGCAAGUACAAGCUCGAAAAGAUCAAGGAUAUUGAGGAGUUGGUGGCCGAGGCCGUUGCCGUCAAUAUCCCAUUCAACAACCCCAUUACUGGAUUCUGUGCUUUCACCCACAAGGCGGGCAUCCAUGCCAAGGCCAUUCUUGCAAAUCCAAGCACAUACGAAAUCAUUGACCCUUCCGACUUUGGUAUCGGCCGAUACAUCCAUUUCGCAUCAAGACUAACCGGCUGGAAUGCCAUCAAGUCGAGAGCACAACAGCUCAAGAUCGAAAUGACUGACGCACAAUACAAGGAAGUCACAGCAGCCAUCAAGAGAUUGGCUGAUAUCCGACCCAUUGCCAUCGACGAUGCCGACUCGAUCAUUCACGCCUAUCAUCGAAACGUCAAGCUCGGCAAGGCCAAUGCACAUGAGAUUGAACUACCCAACAUGACGGAGAAGGAGAAGAAGCUACUAGCACAGAAGCAACAAGAAGACCAGGCAGCUCCGGAGAAGCGCAAGCUAGACGAGACUGUUGAGGAUGAGAUCUCCCAUGAGCAAGCGAUCAAGAAGUCCCGAACUAGUGUCACUGCGUGA